AAUGGAAAAGAGCCAGGGGGUUAUCAAUUAUUGCUAAUCGUGUCAGGCUCUACAGAAACUUCUAAUCACUCUUGAUAGACUCUAGAACGGUAAAGUAGUCUGCUAUUUUUAUUGAGAAUGGAUAGGUGAUUUUUAUUAUUUCUCUACAGUCAGUAACUUAUGUCCAAUUUCAGUGUUGAAUUUUAUGAAUAUAUUCGUCAUACAGCUUCAAUCAGAGUAAGAAAUUGAAUUUCAGCCUUGGAAUCCAUAAACACAUGCAAAUAUGGGUUUCAAAAACAAAUUUAUCACAAUACUAUUAUCCAUGUUGAUGGUAACCAGUUCGAAUGCUGGCAACAUCUUGAGCAUCAUAGUUUUCCCUUCCUACAGUCAUCAACAACCUCUGCUAGCACUCUCAGAGAAACUCGCUAGAAGGGGACAUAAUCUCACUGUACUCACCACUAAUCCACCCAAGAAACCAAUUCCCAACUACGCUUACAUAGACAUGUCUAGUGCUUACAAAAAUCUCAAGGAAAUGGAUGAGAAGUUUGGUUUCAACCUUCAACGGGAAAUGUCAGCGGUCGAAAUCUUCAAGAAACUACCUCAGGUUUACUCAGAACUUUGUGAUUAUGAGUUGGGCCUUCCUCAAGUUCAAGCUUUCAUUAGUAAAGCAGCCUCUAUGAAGUUCGACGCUGUGUUGAUAGAGAACCUAUACUACAGCAGCUUCCAUGGACUGACUCACAAACUGGGUUCUCCGCCGGUGAUUGGAGUGCACACAUUCGUGCCCUGGUCGGCCCUCGACGAGUUCAUGGGAGUCAAAGUGAACCCUUCCUACAUGCCUCACGUCUUCUCUCAUCAUAGCGACUCAAUGAACUUCUUUGAAAGAUGUUUCAACACGUUUUUGUACUGGUACAAUUGGUAUCUGGUCGAGUACGAACUGUUCCCUUAUCAAGAGGCCAUUCUCAAGAAAUACUUCGGAACGAACACACCAUCAGCGAGGGAAAUGGAGUUCAACAAGAGCUUGUUGCUCGUGCCAGCUGAUUUGUCCGUCGCUUAUCCAAUGAGUAUUCCUCCGAACUAUGUCAGAACGGGAACGUUCCACAUUCAACCUUCUCCUGAACCUCUUCCAAAGGAUUUGAAACAAUGGAUUGACGAAGCUGAACAAGGCAUUGUCUACUUCAGUCUGGGAAGUAACAUGCAGGGAACUUCCGUUCCUCAAGAGAAGAGGGAAAUAUUCUUCAAAACCAUCAGGAGAUUCCCGAAGAUAAGAUUCUUCUGGAAAUAUGAAGCUGAGUCACCACUAUCGAAUGUGCCUUCUAACUUGUUGAUUAGAAAAUGGUUCCCGCAACAGAGUAUUCUAGUUCACCCGAAAUGCCGGAUGUUCAUCUCGCAAGGUGGCCUACAGAGCACGGAGGAGGCGAUCUAUUACGCUGUGCCACUUCUGGUCAUACCCUUAUUUGCUGAUCAGCCACAUCAGGCUGCUAAAAUAGAGAAGGAGGGAGCCGGUCUGUCUCUCUUGCUUAGCAGAUUGACGGAGGACAAUUUUUAUGACGCCAUAAACAACAUGCUGACUGAGCCAAAGUACAAAUCAAACAUGAACAGACUAUCGUCGUUAUCGAAAGAUCAGAUGGUUCCCGCCCUGGAUGAGGCGGCCUGGUGGGUGGAGUACGUAAUAAGGCACAAGGGAGCCAGGCAUUUGCGGCCACAAAAUCUCAACAUGAACUGGAUCCAAGUGCAGCUCGUCGAUGUGUAUGGUGCAUUUGUCGCUGCUGUCCUAUUCGUUCUCUACAUAAUCUACAAACUCAUCAAGAGCAUUGUUUCCCUUAUUCCUUUGGGCAAGAGUAAGAAAGGGAAGAAAGCGAAGAGUAAAAGAUCGUGAAUCUACAGAUUCGAUUUGUAUCGUGAUCAGUUUAAUAAAUAGCCUCAAGAAUAGUAGUCUAAUAAUUUUGCAUGAAGUUCCUUGACUAUUCUACCCUCACCUGGGAAGAUUUGAGCUGACUCACUAAUGGUGAAUCUUCCAUUUCUUGACUCUUCUAUCCUUACAUAAGAAGAUUUAAGCUGUUCAUUGUGACAAUGUUGAUUUGAAAAUAGAAAACUCAAUUACCCAAUAUGUGAGCUCAAUCUAUCAUUAUUUCCAUUGAUUGCUAUACUCAAGAAGACGCAUGAACAAUUUCUCCUUGAUUACUUCAUAGCAAAGACCUUCUACGAUUUUAACAGAAACAUUUCCGAGAUUAAUAUGGUUCCACGAUCUUGUAUGGCUCUACCGAGACUAAAACGAUUUCCAAGACUGAUAUUCAGUAAUUAUUUUGGUUUCAUUCAGUGACUGUUCUCUACUUAAUAGGAAAGAAAAGAGUUACUAAGACAGCCGACCACUCAAGAUUAGCGUUUGCAGUCCUCCCAUGUACCCGAACCUUGGUCCCUCAAUCGUGAUUUGUUAUUCAAAAACUUCACCUGCAGAACACUUUUUAUCGGUGAGAGUAUUUGAUUUUUGGAUGAGUGCUUUGAGAUGAAUAGUUUCUGUAAUGUUCAUACUCACGUAGUUUUUCUAUGUUAUAAUAUUUUGAGCAAUUUUGGAAUAGUUGAUCAAAAUAGGGAACAAUGAUAAUCUUAUAUAUAUAUUUUUCGAAUGAAUCCUCGUGUAGAAUUGACUAUCUCAUAAAUACAUGUACAGAAAAUCAAAUAGAGUCUAGCAUGACAAAUACAAUAGUUCAACCAAAAUUCAACAAUAGAUUGUAAGUGAAAAAACCACUGGCAUGAGAUUACUCUUGUUCGCCAGUGGGAGUAUACACUUGACUUGAUUUCAAUUGAAUUAGCAUUGUUUAAUUACGGUAUGCUUUCUCUGGAAUGAUUUGAAUAAAAGAAUGGGUUUUACUUUUUCAAAACUAUUUAUUAAAAGUUUUUGAUCAUCUACAA